UUUUGAACCUCCACCUUGUAUCUUCCUUAUCUCCACCGGAAAGCAAAUGUCGUUUUCAUAUUUCACAAACAGUUUAAUUGCAUUCCCAUAGAUUAAUUAUCUUCUUCCUAGAAAAUGGUGGUAACAAGCAAUUCUGAAGUUCAGGCAGUAGUCAAGCCCAACAACUAUGACCAAAGAAGUGAACUAAAAGCUUUUGAUGAUACAAAAACCGGUGUGAAGGGACUCGUAGAUGAUGGGGUGGAGAAAAUACCAUAUAUAUUUGUGGAUCACCAAAAUAAGAUUAAUGAUGAUGGGCCAGGUUCUGGUAACUCCAAGUUUAGUAUUCCAGUGAUCGACUUCAGAGGCAUCGACAAGGAUGCAGCUUUACGUGGUGAAAUCAUGGCCAAAAUUCGAGAUGCUUGUGAGGAGUGGGGUUUCUUUCAGGUGGUCAAUCAUGGAAUUCCAGAAAGUGUUAUGGAUGAAAUGAUCAAUGGGAUACGCAGGUUUCAUGAGCAGGACAUUGAGGUCAGGAAACAAUUGUAUUCUCGUGAUAUCACAAGAAAUUGUACUUAUUUUAGCAACUUUGAUUUGUAUCAAGCACCAGCAGCUAACUGGAGGGAUACUGUUGCUUUUGUCAUGGCCCCUCAUCCACCUGACCCUCAAGAACUGCCUGUUGUUUGUAGAGAUAUAUUGAUUGAUUACUCCAAGCAUGUAAUGAAAAUGGGGCUUACUCUAUUUGAAUUGCUCUCGGAGUCUCUUGGGCUUAAUUCUGAUCACCUCAUAAGUAUGAAUUGUGCCGAGGGGCUUUUGGUCCUUGGCCAUUACUACCCAGCAUGCCCUGAACCAGAAUUGACUUUUGGCACUACCAAACAUGCUGACAAUGGCUUCCUUACUGUACUUCUACAAGACCAAAUGGGUGGGCUUCAAGUCCUUCAUGAAAACCAAUGGGUUGAUGUCCCUCCCUUGCCUGGAGCUCUUGUAGUGAACAUUGCAGAUCUUAUACAGGCAAGUCUAUGUUGUACUAAGCUUAAUAUGCCAUAUAACUUGACUUCUUUUUUCUUUUUCUUUUUUUUUACCUUUUUAUUUUAUUUUAUUUUAUUUAUCAUCUUUACUAAUGCUCCCUUUAAAAAUUGUUAUUCACAUUAUCAAUAACAAUUGUAGCUAACCAGACUGUCUUAUUUGUUUUCAUGUUUGUUUUUGUGCCGCUUAUCACUAAUGACUAGUUCAAAAGUGUUAAUCACAGAGUACUGGCAAAAAAAAUUGGCCCUAGAAUUUCAGUGGCUAGUUUUUUCAGAACACAUCGUCAAAAAGGGCUUCCACCGGGAGUGUAUGGACCAAUCGAGGAGUUAGUAUCAGAAGAAAACCCC